AGAUCUACAGUCUGAGUCUUUAUCAGGCUGUGCAACUAAACUCGGGCUUUGGGCUGGACACUUAACUACUUUCACUAUGAGUUAUAGCACUAAGACUACGCUUACUUCUUCUUCAACUGUUGGUGGGGGUGGAACACGCGUCUCUGGUGGAGGAGGGAGUGGCGGCUCUAGGACGGGAACCUCCACUGUGAAGAGCAGUGUUGGAAACUUUUCUUGUAAAAGCUAUGGGGGAGGUUCCAAGUGUAGUUAUGGAGGGGGAGGCGGUGGCGGUUAUGGUGGCAGACUAGUAAGCUGUGGUGGUUAUGGAGCGGGAUUUGGAUCAACAUGUGGUGGCUUUAGCGGCGGUGGCUAUGGUGGAGGUGGAGUGUGCGGCAGUGGCUUUGGCGGAAGUGUCAUGGGUGCAGGUGGUGUGUGCGGUGGUGGUUUUGGUGGAGGUGCCAUGGGCAGUGGUUUUGGUGGAAGCUGUGGUUUUGGUGGAAGCGGUGGUUUUGGUGGAAGCGGUGGUUUUGGUGGAAGCGGUGGUUUCUGUGUCGACGAUGGCCUCCUCAACACCAAUGAAAAGGUCACCAUGCAGAACCUUAAUGAUCGCUUGGCAAAUUACCUGGAAAAGGUUCACGGUUUGGAAACAAGCAACGCUGAUCUGGAGAAGCUCAUCAAGGAAUGGUAUCAGAAUCAAGGUCCAACUGCUUCAUUAAAGGACUACACUCCCUUUCUUAAAGAGAUUGAUGACAUUGACAAAGAGAUUGUUGCUGCCUCUGUGGAAUGUAACAAGGUAGCUGUGGAUGUUGAUAACACUAAGAUGACUAUUGAUGACUUUAGAACCAAAGCAGAGCAUGAAAUGGCGCUCCGCCAGAAUGUGGAAGCUGAUAUUAAUGGCUUACGCCCCAUGUUGGACCAGCUGACCAUAAGCAAGUCUGACCUAGAGGCGGAGUAUGAAUCCCUGAAGGAGGAACUAAUUUCUCUCAUAAAGAACCAUGAGGAGGAAAUUAAAGGAUUGAUUCAGCAGACCGUUGGUGAUGUCAAUGUGGAGGUCAAUGCUGCCCCAGGCUGCGAUCUGACGCAAACACUAGAUGACUUGAGAAGAGAGUAUGAUGCUAUCAUUCAGAGAAACCGCAAAGAGGUGGAACAGUGGUAUGCAUGCAAGAUAGCAGAAGUUAAUCAAGAAGUCAAUACGAGUGGCCAAGACAUAGAGACCAACAGCAAACAAAUCACAGAACUGAGACGUGAAUGCCAGAAUGUGGAAAUUGAGCUGCAAUCCCAGCUCAGCAUGCUGAAGUCUUUGCAGUCCUCCUUGGAGGACACCGAAUGUCGCUACAACAUACAGCUGCAACAGAUGCAGAGUGUUAUUAGCUCUGUGGAGGAAGAACUGGCACAUAUUCGAUGUGAAAUAGAAAAUCAGAGUCAAGAAUACAAGAUGCUCCUGGGCAUCAAGAUGCAGCUGGAAAAGGAGAUAGCUCAGUAUCGGAGUCUGCUUGACGCAGGAAGUAAAGACCUUCCUGGUGGUCCAGAGGGAGGUGUCGCAAGUGGAGGUGUCUUCAGAGGUGAAGGAGGAAGAGGUGGUGGUGUUUCUACAGUCCCAAGAGGAGGUGACAGAGGAGGAAGUGUCAGAGAAUCACACAGAUUAGAAGGAGGUGGCUCAGGUGGAGGAUCAGUAGUAAGAGGAGAAGGUAGCACAGGAUCAAGAGGAGAGGACAGAAGGCCAUCUAAGACUGGUGAAAACUUUGUGUACACAAGAAGAACUUUUGAGUAACCAGACAUGCUGAUGAUCCUCCAGCCGAACACUAUCCAUUUAAGCAAAAGCAGACAAAGUUAGAAUAAAUUCACCGUAUUUCUUGCAUGCCUACACGAAGAGCAAGGAGAAAUGCUUCUCAAAGUUAAUCAACGCUGCUUGUGCCAUCUAUUUCUGGGGGCCUAUUGGAGCUUUUCAGAUGGGCCACUUUCCUGCAUAUUGCUACCUGCUUUUUCCAUUCUGUAAUGUUCUGUGGUUCAGUCACCAAUAUCUGACAGUCUGUACCAAGGACGGUAGCCUGCCUACUUGUGCAAGGUGUCUCUAAUAAAACUUCAUUUCUUUCUGAUGCAAACAGAAA